GGCUGCCAGAUGUUGGGGCGGCAGCGGCUGGAGCUACCGAGAGAGCAAGGAGCCCGGGAGUAAGGCAAGGGUGAGGACGCCGCUGGCGGGCCGACCCGGCCCACUCUGCGCCGCUCCCGCGGGAGGUCGAGAAGGAGCCGGCCGACCCGGAGAGGGCUACAGGCACCGGCAGCCAACAUGCACAGCGCUCGGCUUGACAGCUUCCUGAGCCAGCUCCGCUGGGAACUGCUGUGUGGUCGGGACACAGGCUCACCUCCAGUGCCUGGCCCACUGCAACCAAAACCCAAAACCGACCCAAGUGUACAACCCAAGCGCCCGUUCAGGGCCUCGGAUGCGUUGGAAGAGGACUCUGUGUGCUGUGUGGACGAGGAGGAGGAAGAGGAGGCCUUGGUGGCAGAAGACAGGGGUGUACCCGCGGGAUGUCCCAGGGAACAUGCCCUAGACUGGGACUCCGGCUUCUCCGAGGUGUCUGGCAGUACUUGGCGAGAGGAAGAGCUGUCUGUACCCCAGCGCCAAGCACCCCCAGAACGGCGACCCUGUAGCCAGCGUUUCUCAGUCAGUGACCUCCCCCUGCGCAGCAGGGCAGCUGUAACCAACAUCCCAGCCGCCCACCGCCCACGGCCCAAGUCUACCCCAGACGCUUGCCUGGAACACUGGCAGGGACUGGAAGCGGAAGACUGGACCGCAGCCCUGCUAAACCGGGGCCGCAGUCGGCAGCCCCUGGUGCUGGGGGAUAACUGUUUUGCCGACUUAGUUCACAACUGGAUGGAGCUGCCUGAGGCAGCCAGCGAGGGGAGUGAUGGAGGCGUACCCCGGCCACGUGCUCGACCCCCUCAGUUCCUGCUUGGCCUCUCUGAGCAGCUACGGCGUAGGCUGGCCAGGGCCCGGCGGGCAGCUAUGGCAGGAAAGCGGCUGUCAUGCCCACCUCGCCCAGAACCUGACCUGCCUGCGGACAUCUCACGAUUUGCAGCCCUCAUGAACUGUCGAAGCCGUCAACCCAUCAUCUACAACGAUAUCAGCUACCUCUGACCUUGCCCUCCAGCUAGGGACAAUA